AUGGUCCUGUACUCCCAAGACUUUUUACUCAACCGGAGAGGUUCCAAUGUGCCGCUGUCGGACAUAUUAACAGAUACUCUGUCUUCAGUGGGCAUCUACAGUGAUCCUAAGGAUUAUUGUGAAAUAAAGAAUGAUAAACCAUGGAAACGCGGAAGCCGGGGAGGAGUCAGACGCAGACUCAAGCGCCUGGGAUUCCGCCGUACACCACUCCCAUCUAUUAUUCUACGCAACGCUCAGUCCAUCAGGAAUAAGAUGGAUGAACUGCACGCCAACGUUGUCCACCAGGAGAAGUUCAAAAAUGCGUGCAUUCUGGCCUUCAGUGAGACUUGGAUCACGUCUGCAGAUUCAGAGAUGGAUUUAUCGCUGCCUGGUUUUGGUGCGCCAAUUCGCUUGGACAGAGAUCCUGACGUCACGGGGAAAUCCCAAGAAGGCGGGGUAUGCUUCUUUAUCAACCAGCGGUGGUGUAACAACUUCACAGUGAAAGAAUCACUGUGCACUGAAGACAUAGAACUUCUAUCAAUUUCUGUGCGCCUGUGCUCUGACUGCCACCCCCCCGACCCAGAAAUGGAUUAA